UGUUUCUUUCUGCGCAGCUGCAGUAGUUUCUUAUUUCUUUGAUGCUAGUUCCGUACUUAGUACUUGCUUGUUAUGUAAAAGGCUAUAGUUACUUUUGGCACGCAUGCCAUCAUUAUUAUUUAAUUUACCGAAACGAAGGCACCCUUGAAUCCUCACUAUUGGGGCUAGUCUCGUGCCUGACUUUAUCAAGCGCGUGUCUGUAGAACACGCGUGAGCAUCAAUCCACGUGAGAAUCUCAGCAGUAGCGCUGGGUUGUCAGUGGUACAGAGUGGACCGAACCGUGCACGGAAUCGCCUAGCUAUAGUUUCGCUUCCCUUUCUAAACGGACUCGCCGAUUUACUGCUUCACUUAUUGCGGGGGAGAUGAUGUCCCUGCGGUUGUGUAGUGCACUUCUCCGUCCGCGGACACGGACCGGGAUGCUGUCCUGCUCCGCUGCUGUCUGGCUGCCCUUUUCUCGUCUGUGUAGCAACACGAGCAGCUCCGAUUCGAACCGCAGUCAGUCACAGCUGCCUUUAGUGUUCUUUGACGUGGCCGCUGACAACCAGCCGCUCGGUCGCAUCGUCUUCCAGCUCCGAUCUGAUGUAGUUCCAAAAACUACAGAGAACUUUAGAGCACUCUGCACUGGUGAGAAAGGAUUUGGAUACAAAGGUUCAACAUUCCACAGAGUGAUCCCCAAAUUCAUGUGUCAGGGAGGAGACUUCACAAACCACAAUGGCACUGGAGGGAAGUCCAUUUAUGGACCUAGGUUUCCAGAUGAAAACUUCAUUCUGAAGCACACUGCACCAGGUGUGCUAUCAAUGGCUAAUGCGGGGGCAAACACAAACGGAUCUCAGUUCUUCAUCUGCACAGUCAAGACAGACUGGUUGGAUGGAAAACACGUUGUUUUUGGACAUGUGCACGAGGGCCUGGAUGUUGUUCAGAAAAUGGAGAGUUUAGGAUCAAAGAGUGGCCGACCCUCCAAAAAGAUAACCAUCACAAAUUGUGGCGAACUAUCCUGAAGUGUUUAUUGUAGUUUUGUAUUUUUUUUUUUACUUUAAUAAAAUUGCACUUAAGUGAUAACUGAGUGAAUAAAUGUGUGUAUUUUGAA